CGUGAGACACACAAUUUACAUUUACACCUUGACUUACACUAGUGCUUCGACAGCCGUGGUUUGCAGGAAUUCCUUGAUUGGCUCGCCUCAGGCAUCUCAGGACAGGUUGUAGAAUUGCUUCCCGCCCGAUGAGCUUUGGCCAGGUAGCCUUGCAGAUAGCGCCAGAGGCUGGUUUGCAGGGAUUGGCGCCAGUUGGCGCCUCCUACACCUGUGGGAAACGAUGGCUGCAAGUGGCUGCAGACUCUACCUACAGCAUUGGGAUUACAGUUGGAAAGCUUUGACAGCCGCGGGGGGCGGGGGCGGGGGCACAAGCACGGGUAUCCUCGCGCGUGGCGCCCCAUCGCGCAUGCUCUAGGGCUUCUCCUCUUCUCGCAUCACUGCCGCAUGGAAGCAUGGGCCCAGGGCAGCUCGUAUCUGUGAACCCACAGCAAAGGCAUGUAUACACCAGGACCGCAUACGGAUAACCUGGACGCUCCCCGAGGCUGAAGGCACGAAGAAGCAUCGCACGGGGUUUAAAUGCAAUCCACCAGAAGCAGCACGCAGCUCGAAGCGCUGGAAGCUGCAUAGCUCUAGCUCAUCGCCACCAUAACCUUUGAAAGGAAAGCGCAGGGCUCGCACCAGAGCGGUUGCUCAGCGUCUGGUUUGCCGAGGAUGGCCGGCCAGGCGCUCUUCCCCGUAUCUGUGACGUUAGGAAGCACUACUAUUGGCCUGGUCGCAUGGCCAUCGCUCACGGUUCGCGGCCUAGCCCAGCGCGUGGCCUCGUCCGUCGGAGGUGGCGAGGACCCGGAGCACCUCGUGUUCGAGCUGGAGCGCGUCACGCUGCCGGCCUCGUCCACGCUGGCGACGUGCCUGGCGCGCUGGCACCGACCUACUACGCCCGGAGACACCAAGGAGGCGGUCCGGCUCAAGUGCGUCAGGUCCAGCCCCUCCUCACGCGGCGCCGGCGUCGGCAGGGCCGCACGCGCCGCGGCCCGGCGGGCGGCUGAUAGUCGCGCGGCCGGGGCCGGCGCCGGCCCGGCGGGCGGCUGCAAGUCGCGCGGCCGGGGCCUCCCGCGGCACACGGUGCGUCAGGUGGCGCUGAGGGCCGCCGCCGCGCUGGCGCUGCCGCCGGGCCCGGGGCGGCUGGCUGCGGAGGCGGAGGCGGCGGCGGAGGUGUGUCUUCUGCCGUACACCUUCACCAGCUGGACGGAUGCCCUGGAGAGCGAGCUGAUGCCGGUGGCCGUGCGACUGGCGCGCAGCCUGUUCAUCGACAAGCCCGGAGCCACGGAGCGGAUCAUGCAGGCCCUGAGUGAGCUGCUGGACCUGCCAACCGACUUUGCGCCGCGCGGCCCCCUGUACGCAGCCCUGUGCGCACUGCAGCUGCAGACAUGCGUGCGCAUGGGGGGAGCGAGCCCACUGCAGGAGCCGCACGACGCCGCCACCGCCACGGCAGCGGCGGCAGCAGCACCAGACGCAGGAGCGGCGGGCGCGGCGGCGGCGGCGGCGGCGGCAGGGGCGGGCGAUGGCGGCGAGGGCGGCGUGGUGGCGCGGCGCGGCAGGCGCGGCGCGCCGAUGGGCGGCUUCCGCGCGCGCUGCGGGCGGCAGCGGGAGGCGGCGCUGGCGGCGCAGGCCCGGCUGCUGGACAAGGCGAUGGCCCGGGCGGCGGCGGCGCUGCAGCAGCUGUCGGUCUUUGACUCACAGCUGUCGGUGAUGCUGGCGGAGUACACGCCGCCUGUAGCCUUACCUACUGCAACAACAGGAGCAGCAGCGGCAGCAGCAGCGUCACCCGCGGCUGUAGCACCGGUGGUUGAAGCAGCGACGCCCCCGGCGGCGCGGCCGGGUCAGGAGCAGGAGCGGGGCGCGGCGGCGGUGGCGGUGGCGCCGGUGGGUGUGCGGGACCUGCGGCUGGUGGCGGCGGCGGCGCUGGAGCCGUAUGCCGUCAUGCAGCUCAUGGACGCCUGUGGUCGGCUGCUGGACCUGGGCGGCGGCAUUCCUGCAGCGGCGUUGGGGGCCGCCAUCGGGGCCGGGGGCCGGGGCGUGACGCCGACACUCGUUGCCGCGUCGGCCGCCGCCAACCCUGCGGGCCUGCUGCCUGCGGGGCUGCUACCCAGCAGCUGGGACUGCCACCGCAGCCUCUUCCACGUCAUACAGGAGCUCGGCGUGGCGGCGCGCGGCGGCGGCGCACUGGACGAUGAGGCCGGCGGCGGCGGCGGCGGCGGCGGCGGCGGGCACGACGCGGGAGGCGGCGGCUAUGGCGCCGGUGGUCGCGAGCGGCUGGAGCUGCCGAUGUUGGCGCGGUGGCUGAAUUGCCUGCUGCAGCUGCACGUGCAGGCCCACACAGCGUGCGGCAGUGCCGGAGGCGGCGGCGCCGGGGGCAGCAGCGCAGGAAGCGGCGAAACCGGCAGCGGCAAUGCUCCUUCUGAUGGUGCUCCUGGUGCCGCAGCAACGCGCGCUGCCGCCGCCGGUGCGGAGGGUGCGGUUGCUGCUGGCGGCGCGGGGGCUGGCGACGGCGGCCACGGCCAUGCCAACGGACACCACGAGCACGAACAUGCUCAUGGCGACAACAGCAGCAGCAGCGGCAGCAGUAGCAGCGAUGAUAGCGAUAGCGAGGAUGACGAGGGCGACAGCGAGGACUCGUCGGACUCCAACUCGGAUUCUUCGGACUCCACCUCUGCUGCCUCCAGCAGCGGCCGCGCGGGCCGGCGGCGGCGGUGGCGCUGCCCACGCGCCCGGGCGUUCGAGCAGCUGCCCCCCUGCCUGGACUGGCUCCGCGACGUGGGGUCGGUGCUGGAGGCCUGUUGCGACGUGUACAGUCUGGCGGGCAGCGGCGGCGAGGAAGAGGAAGAGGCGGAGGAGCGGGCGGUGACGGCGUUUGCCGCGGCGGGACCUCCGCCCCAGGUGGCAGCUCCGCCGCCAAGCAGCGGCGGAGCUGCCGCCGGCGCAGGUGCAGGCGCGCAGGCUGCGCCGGAGGCGCCAGGAGCAAUGCCGCCGCCGCGGCCGCCGCCGGCGACGCCGCCGCGCGCAGCGGCGGCGGCGGCGGCGCCCGCCAGCCCCGCUACCCCCGUGCCGGCCGCGGCCUCCGCAGGGGGCUCCGUCGGCAGCACCCCCGGCCUGGCGUCGCUGGCCACGUCGCCCGACCAGUCCGCCAUGUCUUUCUUCACCAACCUCUCCUCCGCCUCCUCCAUGCUCCGUGGCAGCCCCGGCAGUAGCGCCUUCAGCCCUCAAAGCUUCGGCGGCGUUCGCGGCGGCAGCGGCAGUAGCAGCACUGCGCCGGACAGUGGCCAACCCUCCCCGUCCCGCGGGGCCAGCAGCAACGGCACCGCUCAAGCGCAGACCCUGGGAACAGACGGGGCGGCCGCGGCGGCGGCGGCGCUGCUAGAGGUCGGGAGCGCGGCGCCGCCGCCCAUGGCGGCGCCGAGCAUGGCUGUGGCGGCGGCCGCCGCCGCCGCCAGCAUGCAGCUGCGCAGCGGCGACCCGGCGGCGGCGGCGGCCGCGGCGGCGGCGCUGUAUGCCGUCACGGCCAUGGCCCUGUCCAACACCCCGCAGCAACCGCAGCCGCAGCCGCAGCCGGCAAGCCAGCCUCAGGAGGCGCCGGCGGCGGCGGAGGCCGCGGCAGCGCCUGUGCCAACCGCGCCUGCGCCUGCGCCGGCGCCGCCGGCGCCCGCACCGACACCCGUGCCCACACCUGCACCCGCAGCCACAGCCCCUGGGGACGCGCGGCCGCAGCUGGAGGUGCGGGCGGCGCCCGGCUCGCCGCAGGCCGCGGCCUCGCCUACACGAACGAUUAUUGUGUCGGGCCUGCGGCGCGCCUUCCUGUGCCCCUGCCUCGUGAACCAACUGCUGGCCGAGGUCAAUCGCAGCAGCAGCCGCAGCGCCCGCGGCCGCGGCCGCGGCGGCGGCGGGCGGCGCGGCGGCCGCAGCCUGGCAGCGCUGUGCGAGCGCAGCGUGUGGCGGCACCCGCGGCUGGCGAACUCCCCCCCGGCGAUGGCGUACCAGAAGCAGGUGCUGGACAACCUGCUGGCGCCGCUGUCGUACGUGUACGAGGACGACGACUACGACGCCCCCGUGCUGCAGGUGAGCCGCUCCGACCUGCUGGGCACGUCCGUGUCGGAGCUAAUGCAGUACGACGGCUACAGCCUGGGCGCCGAGGGCAUCUGCAUCAGCUUCGACGACGAGCAGGCCUACGGAGACGGCGUGCUGCGCGAGUGGCUGACGGAGGUGGCGGGCGUGGUGUUCGACCCCAACGCCGGCCUGUUCCGGCUGUGUGAGGGCGACCCGCGCUGCCUGCACCUGUCGGCUGCGGGCUGCCUCAGCCAGGGGCAGGAGGACCACUUGGAGCUCAUCAACUUCGCGGGACGGGUGCUGGGCCUGGCCAUGCGCGCGCGUGUGCCGCUGGGCUUCCACCUGUGCACGGCGCUGUACAAGCUGCUGCAGCACCCGGGCCGCCCCGGCGCCACUCGCGCGCGGCUGGGGCUGGCGGACCUGCACCAGAUUGACCCGCGCGUGGCGGCCACCUGCGGCCAGAUCGCGGCGGCGCCGGACGUGGAGGCGCUGGGCCUGACGUUCGUGGCCAGCACCGGCGCGCUGGGCCUGGCGCAUGAGGUGCCGCUGCUGCCCGGCGGCGAGGAGCAGGCUGUGACGGCCACCAACCGGCUCGACUACCUGGACCGCCUGGUCCGCUUCUACUGCACCUGGGGCUGCAGCUCGGCACACGGCGCGGCACUGCUGGGCGCAGAGCCGGGCGCGGGUGGCGGCGCGGGUGGCGGCGCGGGUGGCGGCGCAGGUGGCGGCGCUGGCAGCAGCAGCGGCAGCAGCGGUGGUUCUGCUGCCGCUGCCGGUGCUGCCGGCAGUGGCAGCAGCGGCGGGGAGGGGAGCAGCAGUAGCGACGGCAGUGGCGGCAGUGGCAGCAACAGCAGCAGCAGCACCGGCGGCACCGGCAGUGGCAGUAGCAGCGGCGGCGUGUGGUGGGAGGAGGUGGAGAUGGAUGCGCUGGAGGCUCUGGCCCUGGGUGUGAGCGAGGCGCUGUUGGCGUGCGACGAAGACGGCGUGCCCGUGCUGGCGGCUCGGCUGCGGGCGGUGGCGCCGGCGGCCUUCAACGAGCGGCUGGGGGGCGACACGGGUAGGCUGGACGUGGCGGCGUGGCGGGCCGCCACCAGCGCCACCGCAUUCAAGAGCGAGCAAGAGAAGGCCGCGCUGGAGGCGUUCUGGGCCGUGGUGGCGGAGCUGGCGCCCGAGCAGCGCCGGCGGCUGCUGCACUUCUGGACGGCCGUGUCGCACCUGCCCGCCGGCGGCUUCCGACACCUCAGCCAGCAGCUGCAGCUGGUGCCGGCGCGCUGCGGCGACGGCGUGUACGGCAGCGGCCUGGCGGCCGAUGGAGCUGACGAGGAGGAGGAGGCGGCGGCGGAGGGAGCAGGCGCAGGAGGCGUGGGGCAGGAGGAGCAGGAGGCGCGGGAGCGGGAGGGCCGGGAGGAGCAGGAGCGGGAGCAGGAGGGGCAGGGCGUGGACAGCGGCAUUGUGGCGGGCGGUCCGGUGGGCGAGCUCAGCGCUGCCAGUCUCAGCGGCAGCAUCGACGGCGCCGGCCCUGGCGGCGUGGCGGCGGCAGCGCCGCCGCCGGCGGCGGCGGCCGCGGCUGCUACCGAGGGCGCCGGCAUUGUUGGUGAUGGCGGUGCUGGUGGCGGCAUUGCGGGCGGGGACCGGCGCGACAGUGGCGUGGGCGCCGGGCCCAGCGCGGCUGCGGCUGCGGCUGCAGGUGCGGCUGCGGCUGCGGGUGCGGCUGCGGGUGCGGCUGCUGAGGAGAUGGCGGUGGCGCUGGGCGCCCCAGACCUGCCGGCCGACGCGCAGGAACCCGACGGCGGCAGUGGCACCGGCGGCGCGCACAACGGCGCCGAUAGCUCUGCCAGCAGUGCCAGCGGGGCCAGCACCCCGGCCUCCCACACCACCCGCACCACCACCACUGCUACCGCCGCCGCGGUGGCCGCCGCCGACGCCGCCGCUGCUGCUCGGAGCCCGCCGCGCGGCCCGCCGCUGCUGUCUGCGCACACGUGCUUCUUCCAGCUGCGGCUGCCGCUGCUGGGCGAGGUGGCGGCCAUGCGGGAGGCGGUGGAGGAGUCACUCGCCAACGGCGGCGCGUUCUGGAAUGAGUGAGCGCGGCGGCGGUCGCGGGGGCCUCCAGGGGGCGUAUCCGUCCAUGAAAGACGGCGUGGGUGCGGGGCGCGGCGGGACGGGGCGGGGCGGGGCGUGUGUGACAUGUCACGUGGCCGUGUGUAAUGUGUGUACCGUAUCCGGCAGGUUGGUGGGUUGGGGCGGGGGGAGAGGCGGCGCGAGGGCGGGGGGAGAGGCGGCGCGGCAAGGGGCUUUGGCGGCGUGGGAUGUAACUAAGGGUGGCGGGUGAAUUACGGGCGGCGGGUGAUUUAUGUGUGCGGGCGCAGGCUGGUGCAGGAUAAGCGUGUGUGGAAGCGGCGGGCGCAGGAGGCGCGGCAGGAGGCGCACGACUGCGGAUGUACUUUCGGAGCUUGAUUUGGGCAGUGCAGGUUUUCGGGUGUGGGCCAUUCCGUCCCGUGACGUGUGGCUUGUGUAGUUUAUACGGUAUGCUGUUGUAGUAAUUUAGGGUGGCUGUGCAAUUAGUAGCGCUAGGGAGGGGUGUAAUAUCGGAUAAGCACCAACACACGGCGGUGCGUGUAUGCUAAGUAAAGAAGCGGAUGAAGAAGCCGCUGGAGAGGUCAAGCGGGCUCUCGAUAUCCGCUGCGGUGCACCUCGACACGAGUUUGGCAUGCCUGUACCGUAUUGUACUGUCCGGGUCGUGUAUGAAGAUGCGCAGAGAGGGAGUUCUGAGGAGGUAGCGCGAAGCGUGUGUCGCGUGUGCGGGAGAGAGCCGCGUGUCGGGGGUCUUGCGUUGGCCCCGAAAACCCGAGAGGGGCUUCUGCUGCAGUGGUUUGCGGAAUACCAGCAGCACAAGCGUGCCGGGAAGUCCUGGCGGGGGUUCAAGGGCCCCCUGUUCAGGCAGGCGUGUUACAUUCUGCGAGUUACGCGAGUCAAGGUGUGGAGUUCGCUUGUGUACCGUAUACAAAAUCACGAUUUAUGGACGGAGGGAAUGAAGCCGUGUAAAAGAACGUCGUG